AUGUCCACCAAGACAAAAGGCUGCAGCGGCCACAGCUGGGGCUUCAUUGCGCCUGAUGUUCAGGAUCCGCCACUAUGCAUCAGCUUGUGUAGGGAGAGGUUCCUCAAGGAGCUGGUGCCAGGGGAUGAGACAAUUGAUCGCGUGUGCGAGGUUCUCCAAGACAGUGACUGGAUGGAAAAGGAGCAGCCGUUUCGGGCGCUUUAUUGUUGUGAUGCUCAGGCUUGUGGCGUGGAUAAUCUGGGCGAGGGCGGAAAAGAUCGCCCUCCACAACCAUAUCACAUUUGUGAUCCUGAGUCUCUCAACGAGGACAAAGACUGCCAAAAAGCAAAAGGAACAGACAAAUCCCAAGAUGCAUCAUCUCAAACGAAAUUUGAGGCUUCGACAGCAGAGAGUACUCUACAAACAACUACAAACCCAACAACAUUAGAAACAACUUCAGUUCCAAUACAAAGCUCAGUACCAGAAACCACAUAUUCCACCACAACAGACCCUUCAACACUCGCAACCUCCGACCCCUCAAGCAGCGACUCAAGCAAUACCAACAAAGGAAUGCCCUUGGGCGUCAAAGUCACAAUAGCUAUCAUCUCAGUCGUCGGUCUCCUCGCCAUCGCCGCCCUCAUAUUCUGCCUUCUUCGAAGACGUCGAUCUCGCAAGACUGAUAUUCGAAGACUCAUCAAGCACCCAUCCUCACCUCCUCCUCGCGCAGACUCACCUACGCCUUUGGUUUCACCCACUAUUUCCCAUACAGAUCCUGAUGGUGUCCCGCUCACACCACCUGCACGACUUCGAGAGCGAAGAUUUCUAGCAGAUGAGCCGAAUGGGUUUCCUACGUCUCCGGUGUACUCACCUACGAGCAGUAAACUCUCGCCACGGCAUGAGAGGACACCGAGGAUUUGUAGUGCCAACCAAGUUCCCAUGAUAGUCAUGACGGCACCUGAUGGAGGAAAAGUCAGGGAUGACGGAUCGCUGAGUUUCAGUGAUGGAAUUAUCACUCCUCCGCCUUCUGCUCACGUAGCACCUCUUGGCUAUAACGCCCAAACUUCUCCACCAAGACCCCCAAGAUCUCGCGAUGCUUCAUUCAACAUGCUCGCUAGCCCUGGGCCUCCACCCACGAGGGCACUUCCAUCGACACCUCCUUAUCGACCUUCAACUCCAACGUCGCCACCUAGAAAAGGAACGAUGCCACUCUGA